UAUGAGCACACACAUACCAUAUGGCGAAAAAAACGCUCUUAAUCUGGAGGGGAUGCGCCCCCCUCUCGCUACGGCCCUGCUGAUAUGAUCGCUUUCUGGCUUUUCAAUAAGAAAACUUCCAACACAUUUUGACCGGGAAGUUCCUCUGGGUAAAUUUCACGAUUUUCGUGGAUUGCAAGCACGAAUCCUUUUUCAUGAAACCGAUCCUUUAUCUGCAGACUUUUCGGUAAACCACUAUAUUUUGAUUCCGGUCACCCGGAGUUUGUGGGGAGUAAAGCCGUUGAUCGCACUCUGACAGAGCUUAUUGGCGAGUUGCAGUAUGCUCCACAACGCCAGCUUCGCAAUCUUUCACUGAUGUUACUUCUUCUCCGUUUUAUGGCUGGAAGUAUUAUUGCGGACAACGGUUGAUUGGCCCAGUUUGUGUGGUUUUGAACCUGUCAAGUCCGUAAAAUCAGCCGGGAACAUCUUGCGUCGGUUGCAGUUGUGGAUGAUAAAAUGUACAAACCUUGUGGAUGAUAAAAUGUACAAAUGUUGUGGAUGAUAAAAAUUUUGGAAACGCUAUUCGUACAGAAAAUCGUCAGCUGGAACGCUAAGCAAAUGUAAGGACAAGGGCUGGAGAGUGGAAACGCCAGACGCACACGCCGUAAGCAAAGACAAUAGCCGUCGGUCAACUAAGUUAUCGCACCAUCCUAUCACUAAUUGAUUCGGCUCAGCAUUCCUUUGGAACGGCUGAUCACUUGACCUGCUCUAACAGUAGCUCCACAUCAGAAUUCCAUCCAUCGCUCUUGACCAUAAAAGACCGGUUUUAUAACCCGAAUAGUCUAAAACCAGCGAUGCUCACACAUGCAGAAAGCCCUUCUACAUGCAUUCGCGUCUGACGAAUUUGUCUACUUGCGACGGUAACUGUUUUCCAUUACUACAGUGUAUGAGAAGGUGACGGUUGUUUGGAUAGCGUUUAAAACUUAUAUUUUCCUGACGUUUCGUUCCUGAUCCUGUAAACCAUCGUAGCGCACCAUCGCGUAAAUCCUUCUAGGGAUAUUUUUACUUCAUUAAUCUGAUGGAGGAUUUAAACGGGCACAAGAUGGAUUCCCGACCAGUGUUUCCGGCAUUUCGACGGCUUUUGGUUGACAAAGAGUCGACCAACUACCAGAACAGCGUAGCAGUGCGGAUGGACAUCGGCACCUGCUGUGGGAUACAUCCUGGACAUCCAGGGUGACUACGUGUUGGUCGACUUUAAUUGCUCCAAAGCGCCGGCGCGCCGUAUCCAUGCUUCACAUGUGUGGCCGCUACAAUUCAUGUCCGCCAGUCUGCUUUGCGACCAGUAUCGCAACAUGGCCGUAUUUGUGGCUCUCCGCGACCACCACGACGCCGCUUUCCGCUUCCGUCCGGCCACGGUGCUGAGCAUCGUUCGAGAAUGCGCGAUGUAUGUCAUCAGCACGACCGUACCGGGAACUGGAAGCGAUGCAGCGCCGGGUACGCAGUGCCUGGCCGUUGUGGACCGGGGUCAGAUUAUGCACCGGUGGCCAUUCAGUGAAGCGCCCUUACUCGCUAAGUCAAGCGGGAUUCUUUACACGCGCCACGAAAUUCUCCUGGGCCCGGCACAAUUCCCUUAUGACACAGUAACGGACGCGCGGCGGUUUGUGGAAACAUUUGGCCAACUGUACACGGCGCAUCCAUCGCUGAUGGACAUGGAGGACAGCUGCCGUUUCGACAUGCGAGUCAGCUCCGAUCGGUACACCUUUAUCGUCGUGGGCGGUCAGAAGGACACCGCAACCAUUAACUGGACAGUGGAGACAUUGCGGAGGAUUCUGGAGAAGCAUGCCACCUUUCGUGCCAUCCUGCCAGCAGUGAAUAUGGACAUUACCGAAGGCUGCCUCGAGGGAUCUGGGAGCUCCGUUAGAAUUGAUGACCAAAAACCAAACGAUUCGGGCACAUUUUGUAGAGCUGCUUGCUUAUGCCAUCUGCCACACAUACUCUUGACCGAAGUUCUGGAAUACCUGGACGUGCAUGCACAGGCCCAGGCCAGCCGAGUUUGCGCGUUGUGGCAAGAAAUACUGGGCUAUUCCCGCGCGACACCACACAUCUGUCUCUCAUCGGAAAAUUUCACCUGCACCCCGUACGGUGAGCAUAAUUGUUGCCGGAUCGCCAUGAUGUUGGUGGGGAGACUCACUGGCCGUACCAAGAGUGUUACGAUCACCGCCCGCGCCCUCGACUGGACGGCGGAGCUAUUUAACUGGCACAUCGCACGCUGGUUGCCGGAAUUCCUGGAGGUUAUGGACAUCAAGUUGCCUUUCUUUGUGAUGAAAUCCUUCUGUCUGACAUACAUGGUUCCAGAAGUUUUGAAUGCCUUCGAGCAGUGCUGUAACCAACUAGUUCUUGAUCAAUUGACCAUGCGUGAAGGGCUUUUCGGGGAGAUGCGAGCGGAAGUGCUAACUUAUCGGCGGUCUAUUCCCUUACCUGACCGCGAAAGACGCUUCGCUACAGCCGAAGCCAGCCUUGUAACCGCGCAGUCGGUUGUGGAUGGGACGCUGAUCUGCCCGCCCCGAUUAUUCUGCAAAUGGCGGGACGGUUGGGAGCACAUCUUCCACAGAUUUAUGUGGGCCAUGGAUGGAUCGCUCCCUGCGGCCACGGCCCACGUGUACGCCAGAGUGGAGGUUGUGCGCACUCGCUGGCGCAACACGCUGGCCUACCCGGAUGAAUGGCAGACGUUCGUGCAAUAAGGGAGACACUCAUACUGGCCGCCCGGGCUUUUAUUUGCUGUUAUUUGCUGCCGCCUAUCUCGGAAGCAGUGUUGUCGUGUUCC